AUGCCGCGUCGUGGCGUUCCGGACGAGGCCGUCCGGGUCUCGCGGACCGCGGAAGAUCCGGCGCUGCGGGAACUCGAACGUCGUUUGAACGAAGACGUCGACGAAGAUUUCUUCGAAGAACCCCGACGAUUCAAUACGCUCCAUCGCGUCAUUGACGUGCUGGGAUUGCAAAUGAUUGACGACGCCACCACGCUCGGGGGCGACGAAACGGCACCGCUGCACGCCAAUCCGGCCUACCGCAAUCUACAAACCCAACAAGACGUGGUAGAAGGAGGUGUGUGUGUACCUGCCCAACCCAAUGGAAAUCAGCCCCACGCCACUAGCCACUUCUCACGCACGUUUCCUGUACGAUUGAUAGCCAUUGAGCACAUGGCGGUAAUUCACUGCGCCGAUCUCAAUGGCAGUGUCAUUCAGGUGGGACAGGUGGCACGGCACUUUACGGACGCCGUGGGCAAGGUCCGAACCCUCCGGCACCAGGUACGCGAAGUACAGAACGCACUCGGGGCCAACGCUCCCCGAUCCUCCAAUCCCAACGAAGCCACCUUGUCUACACCACUGCGUACCACGCCCCGCUCCCACAACAACGCCGCCGCCACCAGUCUCCGCGAACUAUGGCUCAAGAAAUUGGAAUGCGAAGCAACCCUGGCCCUCUUGGAUCGGUUGGACGUCAUACGGGCCGCCCCGGCCAAAUUCGAUCGACUCGUGCAAGGCAACCCCAUGGUCCCUUGUCGUAUCGGAGCAGCCGUACUCAUACUCUCACAGGCACUGACUGUCAUGUUUGCCGAUGAUGUGGCGCAAGUACAGGCUCUCCACAAGAUUAUGGAACAAUUGUUGUUGCGCAAACAAAAGGCGGAAGAAAUUGUGUGGGACACUCUCGCGGACGUGCUCUAUUUGCGCACGGCCAACGGCACGCUGCCGCAAAAAGUCACCCCCCAACACCAGAAUGCCGUCGAACACAAGAACGUUUCCGGUGGACACUCCGUCUCGUCGGAAUCACGACGCAGUGGAGCCCGCAGCCGGGUAGCCUUCCGCAUACCGGCACCCGCCACGCCGCUCAUGCACGCCACCCGCAGUCGCGACGGCAUGGUCAAUCCCUUUGUCAGUGCCAAUCUGCAUUACACCCUCGACCACAAUGACGACUUGGACCACGACUCGGUCGUCUCCGAUGCGUCACACGCUAGUUUAUUCAGUAUCGAAGACUGGGACGAUGACAAUUCCCUGGCCGGUGGUGCCGGACAACCCCACCACGCACGCACCGCGUCAUCGAGCGGAUCCGUGGGCAGUACGGAAGCCGGUGGUGCGACCAAGACACACGCGUCCCCGCGGAAUACACGGCGUACCAUGAUUCCCAUUCCCAUGAUGGAAGUCGAACUCGAUUUGGAAGCCGACGAACGCCGGUGUUUGGAAGACUUUGCCUUGUCCAUGCUGGGUCGAUCCCGCCAACAACCGACCGCCACCACACCAAGAGACCGUCAUCCCCAUGGUGUUCGAACCCCGCGCUACAACGAUCCCGUCCUGGCCUUGCGAAUUCUAGCCGAUUGCCUCACGCAUUUGCAGCGCUUGGACGAUUUGGAACGCGUCCUACACGAAUCCUUGCCCAAGGAAAUUCGUGCCAUUAUUCAACGCGAACAGAUUCACACUUUUGCGCGGUUGGAGAAAUCGCGACCUAAAAGUAUUCGGGAAACCAAGGCGGACACGAUGCAAGAAUUUCGUCGCCAUUUAGCCGCGCUCUUGUCCGCCUUUGGAAACGUCAUGGUCCGACUCUCGCAUUUGGCCCAAAUUGUGCGCUUUCGAAUCAGUGCGGAUCGAGAAUUGGCGCAGAAAAUGGAAUCUCCCAGCUCCUUUCUACGGUCCGUCUUGUCCACAGCCUACGAAAUCAUGCAACGCGAAAUCAAAGAAUUUCUUAAGGCGUGUCUCGUUCCUUCGGAUCAGUCCCAUAACGGCGUCGAUGCCGCCAUGGGUAAGCGGUCGAGUGGUUACGAGCGGGGGUUGUUCUCGCUCGGCAUUGUCGAGUCCGAAAGCGCCAACAAGGACCUGGCGUCGACCCAGAAGCAGAGUGCAACGCGCAGCAACGUGAUGGAAAUGACGGCCAGCAAGUUCGUGGCAUCGGUGCUCUUUUCCAAAACCAAAAGCGAGCCUAAUGUACGCCACGCGUUAACGUUCCGACGCAGUAUAGCCCGGUGGACUAUGGAAAACGAAGCCAUGAAGAAUGAAUUGGCCGUGUUGACGGGAGAGGACCCAUCAUCGCCUUCAUUUCGGGCGGCCGGUUACGAAAUGGCCAUCACAUAUUUGGACAAUAUUUUACAAAAGGAUUUGUUGCCUACUAUGCAAGAGCAGGCCGUCAACGGCACCGUCCGUGGCUUGGAACGCCGCGACGCCUUUGAUCCAAUUUUGGAUCGGGGCCUGUACGCACGACCGAAUUCGAGCGAACCGCAGGAUGUCGACAUGUGCGCCGCCUGCCAAGUUUUGUACGACGAGACAGCUCCACUGUUUGUGGCGUUGCAUCGUUUACCCCGCGGCGGUGAAAUGUAUUUGCCGACGGUGGCCGUUCUGGAGCACGUCGUUUUAACUUUCAGGUCGCGCAUCAAGAAGCAGAUCGCCGAACUGUGCGAAAAGAAAACAGCGCUUCAAGUGCUAUUGAUGGACGGGACGGAUGGUGUUUCAGCGGCAUCGGUACUGGAAAGACGCCGUCCGUUUGCUCUACUUCAGCGUGCCUAUGCACAUGGCGAGACUUUGGAAAUAGCCCCGGCCGUGGACGAAGGAAAGAAACAGUCGGGUAUUUUGCCGUUGUCACCUCCAGUAAAGGAUUCCGCCCCACGCCAGAGUAUUGGCGAUCUCAAAACCGACACUCCCGUGGAAGAUCUUGCGGACGAUGUUGAGGGGGAAACCAAGGUUUUCGAUCUCGAGCUCUCGUUCCUUGGCCAGUACCUCGACUUUGCGGGUGAUGACAAAUUGAAGGAAGUCAUUUGUUCAGACGAAGAGCUCAUGAAGAGUGCGACUCUUGCCCAUGGCUUGCUGAAACUCGCUACCCUUUUGGACAAUCGGCUGAUGGUGCGUGGAACAUCUGGUUACCAAAAGCCGCUCACAUCUACCCGAGCCCUUCGCGAAGCAAUCAAGACCAUCCGAGACAGUGGCUUUAAGUUGGCCAAAUUUUGUCGUCUGGACAUGAUUUUGCAAACUACUAGUAGACUUUCGAAGGUGUGCACGAGUUCAACACUAGUGGCACACGACGCGGUUCGUAUUCCAUCGAGCGUCAAUGAUCUUGGUGAAUAUAUGACAGGCGCCAGUGACAACUUACGGGAGGCUUGUGGCAACGCCGUAACAGCAUACAUUCUGUCAUCUCUGGAGCAAUACAUUCCACACUGUUUGAUGGAGACGGUCCGAGUCCUGGCUAAGGGCAAAGGAAUUAUCACGCGUGCUCCCUUGACAAUGAAUGGAAUUGAAGCCUUGGAUCGCAGUGGAUCAGUUUUGUACCGUGAUUUGAAGGGUGCUACAAGUUUCGACAAUUCAUUCUGGGACGUGGAACUAGCUGCUUAUUCCUUCGAGCAGUCCGCAAGCAUGAUGGCAAUGAUGGAGCUAGAAAUGGAGGAGCUAGAGGCGUUCUAUGCUUCAAACAAGGACGACUUUCAAGACGAAGACUUUGAACUCAUGUUUGGUAUGACUGGACCACGACGAAAGGGUAAUGUCGGCAGAUUCCAUAUGCUGAAACGCCGUUAGAAGUCAUCACCGCGAUUUGUAUCAUGCGCGUCGACACAAUUUUUGGAAAAGGAGGUUUCUUGGGGAUGUCCAAACAAACUAGCUUCAAUGUGUUCAACCUUUAUUAGUUGAA